GAUGGACAGGUGAAAAAGGCCCUGAUUAUUGAACUGCAAUCAGACAUGAGUGUUAUAAUGAUUAACCUGAGCUUAAUUGGCAACAUAAUCAACUUCAGCGCUCACGGAAUCACGUUAGCCUCUAGAAAUGCAAGAAGUCAUCGCCGCACAAAAAUCAUUUGCAGUCGCGAUGUGGUUGGUGGGGGCGAAUUGGUGAUUACAUUAGAGGUGCCUGCUGACACAAACGGCAUGGACUUCAACGAACGACUGGACUGGAAGUUGAACGAUUUCGGAAAUGAUAUAAAAGAUGUGGUUAUCGAGGCUCUGACCAUCUACACCGACCCAAAAAGGAUUGCUGAACACAUUAAAACCUGUGCAGAUACUCUUUAUGGUGGACCCCACCACUGCAUCGUAGGCAAGAACUUCUGCGGCUACGCUACUCAAGAGAAAUGGAUGCAAUGCCGAAUGGGAGAUUUAAAAGUCUACCUCUACAAGUCUCCCCGCUGGGCAUAG